AUGACAACCGUCGAAAAAGUCAACGAGGAUAUAAAAGAACUCGAAAAAAGAAUCAAAGAGAUUGAAACGAAACUUGGUAGAAGAGUUACGCAAUCAGCAGGGCAAUCUUGCAAAAUACAUAAGCUGGUUGAGGAAUUGGCCCCAACAAUCUCGGAACUUACGGAAGACGAAAAAGAACGAAAUAAUGUUAUACGAAAGUUUAUGAGGUACAUCGGCAUUAGCUUGGUUCCUAUCGAGAUAUCCAACUGUCGAACGGAUGGUACAAUGCUGAAGAAUACACCAAAAACAAGUUUUAUGGUGUGCAACUUCAAGGGAAAAACGGAUUAUGAAAUGGGGGCCUGUGCGUACCUACAAAAUGCAUGCUAUUAUGCGAAAUUCCUUGGGGAUACAUGGACAGAUUAUGAGGAUUUGUCCUUGCACACAUGUUUCCCAGCAUUUCUCAUACUAUUGGAGGGCACAUACCUAUCAAUCAGCAGUGGUGUAUUUUCCAACGAUCCUUGUGUUGAUAGGCUUACAAUGAUUGUCCCACUUGAUAGGGCAAUCUAUGAUUCUGAAACUGUCAGAUAUGCAGCCUGCAUACUUCAAGCCCUCAAUAUCUGUGUGCAAGAUUUGGAACAAUACUACAAGGAUGUCAUGUCAAACAAGCAGAUCUCACUAGAGGUGUCAAACAGUGGUUUCCCCCGCAUUUUGAAGGACAUCCCACUACUGCAAUAUAAGGAGAGGCUCCCUGGGACAUGUCUCUGGCUGGCUGAUAUGACAGAUAUUACGUUGGCAGUGCAGAAGCUUCAUGGGGCUGGCUUGGUUCAUGGGGAUCUACAAAGUCCAAAUAUUCUCUGGAAAGAUGGCCAAGUGAAAUUCAUUGAUUUUGAUUGGGCUGGUGUGAACAGUGAUGCUGCUUAUCCAACAAGCAUGAAUCCCAACAUAAAUUGGGCUCCUGGA